CAACGUUUGAAUCGACGGUCCUCGGACGGAGCCUCGUAAACGAGUCAUGAGGAGGAAACGGAAAGCUAAAAUCGAAAGUAAAUGGAGAAAUUCCCCUAACUCCCCGUCACUGCAGUCAAGACCAAUUUCGACCCUGAAGAUGGACAUUCCCCAUUCAUCGUCUUUGAUGCUGGUUCCUGAACAGCUGCUGUCUGCCCUAGAGGAUCUAGAUGAUAAUGGAUUCAGAAAGUUUAAGUGGCAUCUCUCUCAGCCGGUAGUGGAGGGACUUAAACCAAUUCCAAAGUCCUACCUUCAGAGCCCGCACAGGCAGGACACAGUUGAUAAGAUGGUAAACACCUAUUGCUCAGAAGCCAUGACCAUCACUGAAAAAAUCCUGAGGAAGAUGUCCCACAACAGUGCUGCUGAGAAGUUGAUGGCAACAUGUGCAGCUGUUUCAUGCCAAAAAAAGGCUGAUUCCUCAUCUGUUGUGCCAGAUUCUUCCAGUGUCUCACUCAGCGCGCGGAAUGAAAGUGUCAUCAUUGCUCCUAUUGUCAAGGGUACCAUUAUUGAUGGUGGACAACUUAAUAUCAACAUCACAAAAUAAACCUACAGUGAUGUACCUUCUUUGGUUUACUUCAGCAGACUGGUACAGACUUCACAAACUUUUAUAUGGAGAUUUUUUUUAUUGAUUUAUUUUCUUAAAUGUCAAGACAUUUUGUAAAACAUUGGCACACAUUUGUAUUGUUUGGAUGAGGUUUUGUAAAUCCAGUACCUUCUUCCUAACAGUCUCGGGGAAUGAAAUAAAGCCUUCCACUCA